AUGGCAACGGGAGAGAGACGGUUCGAGGUGUGGGGUGAUUACCUGGGGCUGGCGGCUGUGGUGGCUGCGCUGCGGCGGAUGGAGGCGGCGGUGACACCGGGAGCGUACCACGGGUACCACCACCGGUACCACCGGUACAACUGGUACCACCACCGGUACCACGGGUACCACCGGCACCAUCAUUGGCACCACCUGUACAACCGGUACGAGCACCGGUACCACAACUGGUACCACCACCGGUACAACCGGUACCAUCACGGGCACCACCGGUACCACCACGACCAUCGGUACAACCGACCACCAUCAGUACAACCGGUACCACCACGGGCACCACCGGUACCACCACCGGUACAACCGGUACCGGGACGUCAGAGCGGCGGCUGCCCCUUCUGCCGGCACAACGGGGAGGCGAAGCAGGUCUACACCGGUCACCGGCUCCGGGACGCAUCCGGUCGGGUGCUGUGCCCGGUGCUGCGGAGCUACGUGUGCCCACAGUGCGGCGCUACCGAGGACCGGGCGCACACGCGGCGCUUCUGCCCCCUCACCCGUCGUGGCUACACCUCCGUCUACAACCGGAGCACCGGGGGGCAGGGAGGAGCAUCCGGAUGGAGCUUCCCACCCCCGGCGGUGCCGCGGUCCUGAAUGGGGGAGGCGCUGGACGCUGAUGGGAAGCUGGAAACGGGGGAGCUGUACCGGAUACCUUAUGGUUGUACCGGAUCCCUGAUGGUUGUAUCGGAUCCCUAAUGGUUGUACCGGCCCCCGGGGGGGUUGUACCGGAUCCCUUGAUGGUUAUACCGGACCCUGGGGGGGUUGUACCGGCC